AAACCAAAUUCCCUCCUUCCCUCGUUUUCUGCUCUCGCCUCCUCUACGCUCCUAACUCCCUCUUUUCCUUCCAAACCCUUUUCCCCACUCUUUCUCUCUCUAAACCUCACUUUCUCUCUCUAAAACCCUACUUUCCGCCCAUACUCGCCCUUUUCCCUCCAAAUUUCCCCCAAUUUCGCUCCGCCCCUCGCCCCAUGUCCACCGCCGCCGGACCUCCCGACCGCCGUGCCUCGCCGCCGCGGGGGGCUGCCGCCACCACUGUACGCCCGGCGCUCAAGCGCCAUCUCGCUUUCGUCACCAAACCGCCCUUUGCUCCACCGGACGACUACCACAGCUUCUCCUCCAUCGACUCCCGCCGCCUCGCCGAUGAAGCCGUUGUCGUUAGAUCUCCAUACAUGAAGCGAAAGGGUGGAAUGAAUGACAGCGAAGGAGAGUCUCACACACAGAAGUGGAGUAACAGUCCUGGAUACACUAAUGUUAGUAACAUAACAAAUAGUCCUUUUAAAACUCCAGUGUCUGCAAAAGGAGGAAGGACACAGAAGGCAAAGGCUUCCAAAGAAGGCAGAUCAUGUCCCCCAACACCCAUCUCAAAUGCUGGUUCCCCUUCUCCUCUUACUCCUGCCAGCAGCUGCCGUUAUGACAGUUCCUUAGGUCUCUUAACCAAAAAGUUCAUCAAUUUGGUCAAGCAUGCAGAGGAUGGUAUUCUUGAUCUAAAUAAAGCAGCUGAGACUCUGGAGGUGCAAAAGAGGAGGAUAUACGACAUAACAAAUGUUUUGGAAGGCAUUGGCCUCAUUGAAAAGAAGCUCAAGAACAGAAUACAUUGGAAGGGAAUUGAAUCUUCCACGUCUGGUGAGGUGGAUGGCGAUAUCUCUGUGCUUAAGGAAGAAGUUGAGAAACUUUCUUUGGAGGAGCAGGGAUUAGAUGAUCAAAUAAGGGAAAUGCAAGAAAGAUUGAGGAGGCUGAGUGAAAAUGAAAAUAACCGGAAAUGCCUUUUUGUGACCGAGGAUGAUAUUAAGAGCCUACCUUGCUUCCAGAAUGAAACUUUAAUAGCAAUUAAAGCUCCGCAUGGAACUACCCUGGAAGUCCCUGAUCCUGAGGAAGCUGUAGACUAUCCUCAGAGGAGAUAUAGAAUCAUUCUUAGAAGUACAAUGGGUCCCAUCGAUGUCUACCUUAUCAGUCAAUUUGAAGAGAAAUUUGAAGAGAUUAACGGUGCUGAGCUCCCCAUGAUCCCACUUGCUUCCAGUUCUGAGUCCAACGAACAAAUAAUGACAGAAAUGGUUCCUGCCGAAUGUAGCGGAAAAGAAUUUGAACCUCAAACUCAGCUGUCUUCUCAUGCAUACUCCGAUCUAAAUGCUUCACAAGAGUUUGGUGGUGGCAUGAUGAAGAUUGUCCCUUCGGAUGUUGAUAAUGACGCUGAUUAUUGGCUUCUAUCAGAUGCUGACGUUAGUAUAACAGAUAUGUGGAGAACAGAUUCUACUGUUGAUUGGAAUGGGGUGGACGUGCUUCAUCCUGAUUUUGGAAUCAUUUCGAGGCCUCAAACUCCAUCAUCGGGGUUUGUUGAAGUGCCAACACCAGGAGCAAACUCUAAUCAAAAGUGAUUCGAUUUGCCAAAUAGCGCAGUGAGAAGGUAUGGAUGACCUUCAUCCUUUGCACAGAGGGAAACUUCUUCUAGAGUGAUUGCUAGCCUUGAGGAUGUUAGGAGUUGUUGCAUGUCAAGCUGCGAGUGGUUGCUUAAUGUUAAAUCAUUAACUGGGACACAAAUAAAGUUCGUUACAGUAGCUGGUAGAUGAUUUAGCUUGGAAGGUAGAGCAGUUGUCACAAGUUUUAUUGCAGAAAAUGUUGCUGCUGUAUGAAAUGUAAGCAAGACAGUCUCAUAAUCAGUAUAUAUUGUCAUAUAAUUAGUCCUAUCUGAAGUCUGGAAUCGUGGUUCCAGUUUUUCUGAAGAUGGGAGUUACUACAUAUGCUCACUGCAAAUCAUCCAGAAGGGUGUACUGGAUAAUGAUAGGACAGGACCACCUCGUUAUUGAAUUAUCAUUCAUGUUGCUUGUAAACAAUUUCAUAAUCAUUCAUUAGUCUAGUGAUAAAAUUGUCAAUUAUUUUUCUA